GGGGAUUAAUUGUUAUUUGUUGUAGACAAAACAUGGUUGAUAUGUAUUCACAUAUGCUAUCAUGUUGUUUGUUUGGAUAAGGUUUCUAUGGCUGAGGAUACAAGAUUGGAACAUAUAAGCCAAUCCUAGGAGCAUCAAACACAAAGCGGAGUUUACAAUAAAUGGCUGCUGCUUCCCUAAGCGGCCCCGUAAAUAUUUUAGAAUUGCAAAAUGGAAGAGGUAAUAAAAUCCCAAGCAGUGUUUUGUUGCUCCAGAUGUGUCGCCAAAACAAGGAAGUCAAACAAUUACAUAGCCAACUGAUUAUUUCAGGAUUGAUUCUUCGCCCUCCAAAUGCAGCAAGGCUAUUAGAAUCCUAUGUUGGAGUGUCUGAAACUGAUGAUGCAUUCUUACUCUUUAAAUCAUCAAUUCAAUCACCUGAUACCUUUGCUUAUAAUGUUAUGAUCAGAGGUCUGAUUCUUAGCAAGCGACCUAAGGGGUCACUUUUGUUGUAUGAACAAUUAUUAUCAGAGGGUCUUGUACCAGAUAGCCAUACCUAUACUUUUGUUCUCAAAGCAUGUUCUCAUUUGAAAGCUAUUCUUCAAGGUAAACAAGUACAUGCACAAAUUAUCAAGACUGGCAUAGGACCAAAUACCCACGUUUGUAGCUCUCUAAUUUCUAUGUAUUCCUAUGCUGGAAGUAUGGAAUCUGCAAGACAAGUUCUUGAUGAAUAUUAUAAGGAUAAUAAUGACAUUUGUCCCCUUAACUCCAUGAUUACCGGUUAUAUGAAUGAGGGCCUUGUGGAAAAGGCUAAAGAAAUCUUUGAUACAAUGGAAAAUAAGGAUACUGCAACAUGGAGUGCAAUGUUAUCAGGGUACACUAAAAAUGGUAUGCACGACGUUGCACUUGUCACCUUUCAGAAAAUGAUGAGUUAUAGAGUUCCACUGAAUGAAUCUUCACUUGUGUGCACUCUAUCAGCCUGUGGAGAGUUGGGAGCUUUGGAUCAGGGAAGAUGGAUACACACAUAUAUCAUAAACAAGAGAGAAAUUGUAAUGAGUGUCAAUCUUGGUACUGCUUUAGUUGACAUGUAUGCCAAGUGUGGGUGCAUUGAGUUUAGUUAUCAGUUGUUUAAGAAUAUGCCUCAGAGAGAUGUUGUAACUUGGGGAGUGAUCAUUUCAGGUUUUGCAACACAUGGGCAAGCCAAGAAAUGCUUUCAAUUAUUUGAUGAGAUGAUUGAGUCCGGAGUUAAGCCAAAUGGAGUCAUCUUUGUGGCUAUCCUCUCUGCCUGUUCUCAUGCAGGGCAAGUCGGACAGGGAUGUCGCUACUUCGACCAAAUGGUGCAUCAGUUCGGAAUUAGACCAUCCAUUGAGCAUUUUGGAUGCAUGGUGGAUCUUCUUGGCCGUGCUGGGAGGCUUGCAGAAGCAGAACAACUCAUUUUAUCGAUGCCGGAAGAACCUAACUCGAUUGUAUUGGGCGCAUUGCUUAAUGCUUGUAGAAUCCAUAAUGAUGUUGAGAGGGGGAGGUACUUAUUCAAGCGGCUAAUCAAUUUGGAACCUUCACUUGAUCGAUAUAAACUAGCAGCAUCUCUAUUUGCUAAUAAUGGAGAAGGGUACGAGAUUAGAAAGUUGGUCAAGGAUGAAGAUUUGGUAGCUAGAUGCGGCUUGAGCAAUAUUCAGGUGGAUGGGGUGGUUCACGAGUUCAUGGUCAGUGAUAUCGCGAAUAACAGGUCCCGUGAUAUCUACGAGGCAUUAGGAGGAUUAGUAGAUCAAUAAAGCUGGUGAAGUCAUUUGAUGGUUAGACUUCUGUUAAGAUUGUGAGAUUCACAACACUUGGAAAACAUUCUGUAGGAAAUAAAAUGUGUUACUGGAUAAGACUAUAGGGCCUAUAAAGACACAAUCUAUCAGGUUUAAUUUCAGCAGAACAAAAAGAAUAAAUCCAGUGCAGUCACAAAUAUUGCCAGCUCGCUUAUUACAUCAAUAUAGGAAAACGUAGCUGAAGGAAAAGAUAGCUGCUGAUUAUGACAUGCGACACUCUUCCACAGCUGCUAACCGGCCACAGAACCAUGAUGAAGGAGAAGGGCAUCCUUUAAACAGAAUAAAGCAAGAUGUAUGUGUGCUGUGCAGCAGAACGUAAAUGCAGUACCUGCAGAAAUAUUAAAAGGACCACAUGAUUGCGACACGUGGGUUGAGAACAUAGUUGCAGUUGCAUGGAUCUACUCCGUGCAGUAGAUGGGGGCAACAGCUCAAUAGUAUCACAACCUUACUGUAAGGGAAAUCUUGUAUAAACGUAGCGACUUUUUAAAAAAACUUCAGUGAUACCAACAAGAUUUCCUCAUUAAUUUGUCCACGACAUCAUUAAUUCCACCAAGAAAUGAAGCAUCUGAAAAUCCAAGCCAGUUCUGCAAGUGUCUAACCAAAGACAAGCAAUUGUAUCAAUACAUAUCUUUGAAAAAGGUGCUCCUUUAUUAUA